AUUUGCCAGUGUUGUCCCUGCGAUUCGAGUGGAUGGGACCGGCCCAUGCCCACCCAGACUAGCUGAGUCGCACCCGUCCAUCUCCCUCGCCGCGUAAACCCCCCCCGGCUCGUUCGACUGCCGACUCGGCCGCGCUCGCCUCUGUUCAAUCACCGGCGACGGAGGACGCCGAGGAGGCUCUUCGCCGCCGAGUCCAUUUCUGCGAGAUCCCCGCCGAGCAAGAAGCGCAGCACCGCGUCUGCCUGCACCAGCGGGUGGCCGGCCGCGUCUCCUUCCGAGUCCCGAGCGCCUGCCGCCAAACUUCUGACGAGUGUCAGUGACAUCGGGUCGGGUUCGCUGGAGAACUGAGGGGGGCUUGCCGCCGACGCGAUGAACGCCUCCGCAAUCCCGUCCCCCGCAGGGGUACGGGAGGCCGGUUCUUCACGGGCUUCACCAAACUGUGCAAGGGCCUCGCCGUCAUCAUCUUCCUCGUCCACAUUUUGGUCCACCUCUUCCCUUCAGCCGCCACCUAUCUCACGCUGAUACCAGCCAGGACAAUCCCUUUUGCUUGGAACCUGAUUACCGCUUGUUAUAUUGAGCAAACAAUUCCAGGGGUAUAUUUCCUUAACACAUCUCCAGUGGUCCAAUAUACCAAUUCACCAUUCUGUGGUUAUGUUUGCUCUUCCUGCUGACCAAACAUCAAAACAAAAGGUGAUAAUGAGCAUAGUUGGUCUUCUUCUACUCGGGAAGGUGUUGGAGCCUUUAUGGGGAGCUAAAGAGUUGCUCAAGUUUAUUUUUAUUGUUAAUCUCUCAACUUCAGCUUGUGUCUUCGUAACUACUAUUGUGCUGUACUACAUAACACAGGAGGAGACCUACCUUUACACACCUGUUUCUGGAUUUUAUGGAGUUCUUUCAGGACUACUGGUGGGCAUCAAGCAAAUUUUACCCGAUCAGGAGCUUAACCUUUUUGUGCUCAAGAUUAGUGCAAAGUGGAUUCCAUCUAUUGUUGCAUUUACCUCUGUUGUUGUGAGCUUCUUCGUAAAGGAAUCGAUAUCAUACCUCCCCAUCAUAUUAUUUGGCAUCUACAUGAGCUGGAUUUACCUGCGUUACUUCCAAAGGAGUUUGGAAGUAGGCCUUAAAGGGGACCCAAGUGAUGAAUUCUCAUUUUCAAGCUUCUUCCCUGUAUUUUUAAGGCCAGUUUUGGACCCUAUUGCUUCUAUAUUCCACAAACUUUUCUGUGGACGAUCUGCAAAACCUGAAGGCACAGGCCAGACACUGGAUGGGUCACAGUUCCCUGGUUUAGGCUCCAUUGAGGCAAACAGGAGGAGAGAAAGGGGUCAGAGGGCACUAGAGCAGAGGCUGGCAGAGAAGCCGGCCGCGGUCAGGAAUACUGAGGGCACGCCUCCGCCGAAGCAGCAGCUGGAGGACGCGGAGGAUGAUGCUUCUGACGAAGUCUGAGCCCUUCUGUUUUCAGUUGGUGGAAUUCGCUGGCAGGAGAUCCUUGUCAAGUUUUCGACCCGCAGUACACAGUAGCUCAUGGCAUGGAGAUUGUAACGAAGCAGUGCAACCGGGCAAGAAGGCAAAUGCGACACGCAUGCUCGAACCAGUUCUUGCAAGACAGCGAGUAGUGUUUUUUUUUUUGUUGUUAAUGGGUGUUUCGUGUCGUGCUCAGUACCCAACUCUUGCCAAAUGCUUUACAUUGUUUCAUGUGCUACCUGA